AUGCCAAGAAUAUGCAGAGACUCAGUGACACAGUACCUUCAGUACAGACCGGACCAAUCAGUGCUCAUUCUCCAUGCCAGAGUUGCUCAGAAGUCCUAUGGAAAUGAGAAACGAUUUUUCUGUCCUCCUCCUUGUGUGUACCUCUGUGGAGCUGGAUGGAAUCUCCAACAAGAACAACUGAAAGCAUCGGGCUUUGGUGAGUCUAGUUGUCAUGUGUGGGGUUACAUGGGUCUGGAUGGCUCCCCUGGGACUCAAGCAGAAAACUUCAAGCUGAUCUUUGAAGAACAAGCAGAAAAAAAGAUGUUUGCCUGUGCCAAAACCCUGUAUAUCUCAGAUACAGACAAGCGGAAACACUUCCGUUUGCUGCUUCGUCUGUUCCACAAUGGAGGGCAGGAGAUCGGCUGUUUCCAAAGUAGACUUAUUAAAGUCAUCUCCAAACCAUCACAGAAAAGACAAUCCAUGAAGAACGCAGAUUUGUGUAUCCCAUCUGGUUCAAGAGUGUCAUUGUUCAAUCGCCUGAGGUCUCAGACAGUCAGUACACGUUACCUUGCAGUGGAGGGUGGAGCUUUUGUGGCUAGUGCCAGACAAUGGACUGCUUUUACUGUCAUUCUAGUGGAGGAUCAGCAGACUGACCACAGUGAUUAUUCUGUGCAUGAGAGUUAUAUCUAUUAUGGCUGUGUGGUUCAGCUGGUAUGCACCAUUUCAGGAGUUGCACUGCCACCCAUGGUGAUCCGUAAGGUGAAUAAACAGCAUGCAUGCCUGGAUAUAGAUGAGCCAGUGUCCCAGCUUCAUAAAUGUGCAUUUCAGCUCAGAAACAGCAAGCACAUGUACCUUUGCCUCUCCAAUGAAAAAAUCUUACAGUACCAGGCUUCUCCAUGUCCAAAGGACAGCAGUCGAGAGCUGUUAAAUGAUGGUUCAUGUUGGACCAUCACUGGUACAGAGGUUGUUGAGUACACCUUCAGUGAGAGUCUGAGCACUAGCCCAACUGUCAUCAGCCCCAUCCCUGUCAUUAAUGGACUGGAGCUAAAUGGAGGAGGCCAUGUGGCCAUGUUAGAGCUCCAUGGAGAAAACUUCAGUCCUUACAUAAAGGUCUGGUUUGGAAACACGGAGGCUGAAACUAUGUUCAGGAGUCCAAGGUCUUUGCUGUGUGUUGUUCCUGAUAUUUCAGUGUUCGGUGGAGAGUGGCGGUGGUUCAGACAGCCCAUCACAGUACCUUUGUCUCUGAUACGAUUGGAUGGGAUUAUCUACAGAAGCUCAUUCACAUUCACAUAUACACCCGAACACAACUCUUCCUCUGAGACAUGUGCUACUGCUGAGAGAACUGCCAACUCAGACACACUCAUUGACACCAUACACCAGGAGUUCACCAGAACCAAUUUUCACCUGUUCAUGCAGAGUUGA